UUCAAUUACGAUAGCAUAAAAAAACAAACUAAACAAUUCUUCGGACAAGUAAUAAAAACCAUCGACAAUAAAGUUUUAUCAAUUUUAGUUUGCAUUUUAUUAUCGUUGUUGUUGUUGCUGUUGUUGAGAAUCUAAAUCUGAAAUUAAAAUCAUCAUCAUUAUCAUCAUCCGAGAGAGAGAAAAAAUGUUGUUAAAAUCAAGAAUACCUUUAUUAGUUUUAUUGAUUUCAUCGAUGAUUAUUGUCGAUAAUAAUGUUGUCUGUAUGAUUAUUGAUGAUGAACCAAAUGAUACUACACCGGUAUCAAUGCUAGAUAUUUUAACCUCACCAUCAACGACAACGACCACGACAUCAACAACAAUGCCGACAACUACAAUGACACGUUUAUCUUUGAAUAAAUCGGCAUUAGUUUCUAAAACAACAAAUAUUACAACAACGAUUCUAAUAGCAAAAUCAUUGAAUGAAUCAAAAUCCAAAUCCGAUUUCUGUACAAUAAUGGAUGGUAUUCUUCUUAUAUUCAGUAAUUUAGCAUUAUUGCCAGCAAUUUAUAUUGCAAUUAAAGGAAAAUUUUAUGCCGAAUCUAUUGUAUAUUGUUUUACAAUGACAUUUUCAGCGCUAUAUCAUCUUUGUGAUUGUAAUUGUCUUCAUUAUUGUAUAUUUUCAUUUGAUUUAUUACAAUAUGGUGAUUUUUUUACGGCAACAUUAACGCUUUGGUGUACGGCAAUCAUAAUAUCGAAUGUACCAUAUAAAUGGAUUUCAUCAUUUCAUUUGAUUGGUUCAAUAAUUUUCGGUACAUUAUUACAUUUUUAUAUGUCCGGAACAUGGAGUUUUGUUGUGCCGGCUAUUUCAACACUUUUAUUGGUUGCUUCAUUUUGGGUAUGUGUUUUUUUUUUAGUUUUAAAUAUCGAUUUUCAAUACCAAUCAAUCAAAUUUUUCUGUAUUAUUCUUAUAAAGGGAUAUCGUUAUUAUCGUGAACAUACAAUACCGGAAUUAAUUUAUUCAAAUAAUUUUUAUAUUGCUAUUGGUUUAUUAUCAUUCGGUGCUAUAAUGUUUGCAUCACAAACAUUAUUCUAUUUUCGUCGUUUAUAUGGUAUUACACAUUCACUUUGGCAUAUUUCAAUGUCAUUAGCAAUUGCAUUAUUAUUACCACGUUAUCCGAAUUCCGACACAUCAUUUUGGACUGAAAAUUUAAAAAUUAAUUCAACAAUUGAUAAUCAAUCAAAACCGCCAAUAAUUUCCAUUGGUAAAUCGAUUAAUGAAAUCAAUAAUAGUAAUAAUCAUUCGACAAGAAAUUUAUCACCGGCACCAUCACCACCAACAACAACAUUACAAUCUCAGCAACACAAUAUUAAUAAUGAUAUUAUGAAUUUUAAUUCACAUGUCAAUAGUGCAUUUGCUCUUUAAUCUGCUUAAUAAUUGACGAAUAAACAAACGAAAUAAAUACG